GCUGUCUUCCCAGCUGUCUAGCAAGGAAAUGUUUAUUCUCUGCUAAUAAUUAACACUGGUUUUAUCUGCCAAUCACAUUCCUUUGUGGUUUGCAGAGUACACUAGGCACUUGUCCAUGGCAAAAGCUCGUUGUGUGGCGAUGGCAUUACUACGAAACGAUUUCUCUCUUCUUCGCGACAAGGGUUAUGUAGGAGGCAAAUGGCUGACCAGCAAGACAACGUUCCCAGUGAUCAAUCCUGCCACUGGUCAAGAAAUAGGCCUAGUUGCAGAUAUGGGUGAGGAAGAGGCUGAUUUAGCUGUCAAGGAAUCGUAUAAAGCGUUUCAAACUUGGAAGAAGACAACCGCUAAGGAGAGAAGCCUUUUACUGAAAAAAUGGUAUGAACUCAUUCUUCAAAAUCAGGAUCAACUCGCCAAGCUAUUGACAACAGAACAGGGAAAACCAUUAGUAGAAGCCCAAGGAGAGGUGAAAUACUGUGCAUCAUUUGCUGAAUGGUUUGCUGAAGAAGCCAAGAGAAUCUAUGGUGAAAUUAUUCCAACAAAUUUACAUGGACGGAGACUUCUUGUGAURAAACAGCCAGUUGGAGUUGCUGCUCUUUGGACCCCAUGGAACUUCCCACUUGGUAUGAUCACCAGGAAGGCAGCAGCAGCAUUAGCAGCAGGGUGCACAGUGAUCAUAAAACCAUCAGAAGAAACCCCCUACAGUGCAUUAGCUUUACAGCAGCUUGCAGAAGAGGCUGGUUUUCCUCCAGGAGUCAUCAACACUUUACCAUGUUCACGUGACCAUGUCAACAUAGUGACUGAUACAGUACUAAAGAGUGACAUGGUAUCAAAGAUGUCWUUUACUGGAUCUACUGCUACUGGAAAGAUUCUCAUGGCUAAAAGUGUUGACACMGUYAAGAAGAUGUCUCUAGAGUUGGGUGGRAAUGCUGCUUUCAUUGUGUUCAARUCUGCURAUWUAGACAAAGCUGURCAAGGUGCAAUGGCUAGUAAAUACAGACAUACAGCACAGACUUGCAUUUGCUCUAACCGAAUUCUUGUCCAAGAUGAAAUCUAUGAYGAGUUUUCCAAGCGYCUUGUAGAGUGUGUUGAUAAAGAAUUGAAAGUUGGCAAUGGUCUAGAGCAAGGCAGUACACAGGGACCUCUCAUCAAUGAAAAAGCUGURGAAAAGGUUGAGAGACAUGUGGCAGAUGCRCUUUCAAAAGGUGCUAAACUUCUGCGUGGAGGUCAUCGUCAUUCACUUGGUCAGACAUUUUUUGAACCAACUGUWCUMGCUGAUGUUAACACUGACAUGUURGUAUGYAAAGAGGAGACAUUUGGUCCUGUGGCACCUCUCAUUAGAUUCAAGACUGAGGAAGAAGCUGUUGCUAUUGCUAACUCRACAACAAGUGGGCUUGCUGGGUAUUUCUAUUCGCAAGACCAUAGUCAAAUCUGGCGAGUUGCUGAGGCUAUGGAGGUUGGUUUAGUUGGAGUGAACGAGGGUCUCAUCUCAAGUGAGAUAAUUCCUUUUGGAGGCUGGAAACAAUCAGGUCUUGGAAGUGAAGGGGGUCCACAUGGAAUUGAUGAAUACUUGGAACUGAAAUAUGUCUGCAUGGGGGGAAUACAAGAAUAGCUUUGGAACUGUGGGAUGAAACAGGUUGACAUUGUGGCAGUCAAUGAGGGAUUAUAGUAAUAUUUUUAAUUGAUGUGACCAGUAGUUAGUAUUUAAAUGAAUGUGUUAAUCUUUAUUAGGGAUUUAAUGGUAUUUUUUUUCAGUCGUCAUGCAGAGUCCUCACUGUCAUGGUAAAAUCAGUGAAUUUUUACUUUUUCAGAUAAGUGGGAAAAAUGUAAUGACAAAAGAAAAAAUAAUGACAAUGAUCUGGGUUUUAUAAAUGUCUUGAAUAAAAUAAUUUUUUCUUUCAUAAAA